AGCUAACCUAGCUAGCACACAGCAGUAGCUCGCCUAGCUCCUUAGCCUUUCCGGAGACCCAUCUUAUGACCAAAGUUAAACUUCACGAAAAGAUUCUAACGCCUCAUGGGGCUUUAAUGUGAAAGCAGUGCAAAGGACGACAUCAGAAUGGAUGGGCAGACCCAAAGGAUUCAACUAGUUUCAGCAGACAGUGGAAUGCCAUUGGGACACCGAAUCCAGAUAGUGACUGAUCAGCAGACUGGCCAGAAGAUCCAGAUCGUCACAGCACUGGAGCAGUCCUCCCCUGGGAAGCAGCAGUAUAUUCUAGCCAAUGCAGACUACUCAUCGGGUGGUAAGGUGAUCCUGGCCAAGCAAGAGGGCUCCCCCAACAGGGUCAUCUUCUCGGGUAACGAGGGCUCUGGGGUGAACCAGGUGCUGUUCGCCUCCUCCGAUCAUCUCUCGCAGCAAAUCCAGUUUGUGACAGAUGGUACCGACCAGACUCUCAUCAAGCCUGUUGUGGAGUACUGUGUCGUGUGUGGGGACAAGGCCUCAGGGCGCCACUAUGGAGCGGUGAGCUGUGAGGGCUGCAAGGGCUUCUUCAAGCGUAGCAUCAGGAAGAACCUGGUGUACACGUGCAGGGGAUCCGGAGAGUGUGUCAUCAACAAGCACCACCGGAACCGCUGCCAGUACUGUCGACUGCAACGCUGCAUCAACCUGGGCAUGAAGCAGGACUCGGUGCAGUGUGAGAGGAAGCCUGUAGAAGUUUCCACCAGAGAGAAGUCUUCCAACUGUGCGGCCUCCACAGAGAAGAUCUACAUUCGCAAGAACCUGUGCAGUCCCCUGGCUGCCACGCCGACCUUCGUGACCGAUAAGGAAACCGCCAGGUACACGUCGUUCAAGUCCACCAACCUGCUGGAGUCCAGUAUGUUGCUUAACAUCCAGCAGCCUUUCCCCAAGCUGGAGAACAACAUGAUGGUCCCGGUAUCCCCAGACACGGACGACCCGUGUCAGGGCGACCUGAGCACGCUGGCCAACGUGGUGACGUCCCUGGCCCACCUCAACAAGGCCCACGAGGGUCACGACGGCACCAACGACCUCAUGGGCGUGGACAACCUGAGCAACGGAGACAGCUCCAUGACCGACAUGCAGGCAGACGAGCAGACCGCCAGUGAGAUCACCCGAGCGUUUGACACCCUGGCCAAAGCCCUCACCCCGUCCGACGGCUCCGCGGGUCAGUCGCUGGAGGCCACCAUGCAGCUCAUGUCCGGGGACCAGUCCGGUCCGGUGGUGGAGCUAGAAGGACCCCUUCUGUCCGACGGCCACGUCCCCUUCAAGCUCAUGAUGCCUUUGCCUGUGCCAGAGUACCUGAAUGUGAACUACAUCUGUGAGUCUGCCUCACGGCUGCUGUUCCUCUCCAUGCACUGGGCCCGCUCCAUCCCCGCCUUCCAAGCGUUAGCUGGUCACGAUAAUGACAUCAACCUGAUGAAAGCUUGCUGGAACGAGCUGUUUGCCCUGGGCCUGGCACAGUGCUCCAACACUAUGAACGUUGGCACCAUUCUCGGAGCGAUCAUCAACCACCUGCAGGCGAGCUUGCAGGAAGAGAAACUGUCCCCAGAAAGGGUGAAGCUGGUGAUGGAGCACAUCUGGAGGAUGCAGGAGUUCUGCAACGGCAUGUCUAAGCUUUCUCCAGAUGCCUACGAGUAUGCCUACCUCAAAGCCAUUGUCCUCUUCAGUCCCGAUCACCCGGGCAUCGACAACAUCCUGCAGAUUGAACGCUUCCAGGAGAAGGCCUACAUGGAGCUGCAGGACUAUGUUACUAGGUGCUACCCCGAGGACACCUACCGGUUAUCCAAGCUGUUGAUGCGGCUGCCGGCCCUCAGGCUGAUGAGCGCCGCCGUCACGGAGGAGCUCUUCUUCGCCGGCCUCAUCGGCAACGUGCAGAUCGACAGCAUCAUCCCCUACAUCCUCAAGAUGGAGUCCACGGACUACAACUCCCAGAAUGCAUCCGGGGUCUGAUGCACUGCCACCGGUGAAACCGGUUGUCGGUGGACGGGGCUGGUACCCCCCCCCCUCCCCUCCCUCUCUCCCAUGCUUUGCCGAAAUUGCCCCAC